AUGACACCAGCUGAAGAGGGUCUACAUGCUACCCACUAUCCUUGGGAACAUCAGAAAUGGACAAAGACCUUCGAUCAUGCAGCACUCCGAAGAGGAUUUUUGGUAUACCGAGAAGUUUGCGCCUCAUGCCACUCCAUCAAGAGGAUACCAUACAGAAAAUUGGUCGGUACCUUCAUGACCGUCGACGAAGCCAAGGCACUUGCAGAAGAGAACGAGUAUGAUACUGAACCAAACGACGAGGGUGAAAUUGAGAAGCGACCUGGCAAGCUCUCAGAUUACAUGGUAGCACCAUACAAGAACGACGAAGCCGCACGAGCUGCCAACAAUGGUGCUUUGCCACCUGAUCUAUCGCUGAUCGUCAAGGCCCGACACGGAGGUUGUGAUUACAUCUUCAACUUGCUUACUGGCUAUCCAGAAGAACCACCUGCUGGUGCAACCGUCCAAUCCGGCCUAAACUUUAACCCUUUCUUCCCUGGUACUGGUAUUGCUAUGGCCAAGCAACUUUACGAUGGCUUGGUCGAGUACGAGGACGGCACACCUGCAACUGCAUCGCAGAUGGCCAAAGACGUCACCGAAUUCCUGAACUGGACUGCCGAGCCGGAGAUGGAUGACAGAAAGAAGAUGGGUUGGAAGACACUAAUCAUCACAUCUGCUCUGUUCGCGCUAUCCGUGUGGGUCAAGAGAUAUAAAUGGUCACCAAUCAAGACAAGGAAGAUCAAGUAUCAGCCACCACCAGAGACAAGAAUGCGCCAAGGCGUCUCGUCAGGUAACGACUUCGGCCGUGGUAUCUAA